AUGACUUUGGUCAAAGAUAACAUUCGACACAAAUUCAAGAACAACGCGGAGCACAGGAGAGCAAAAUUCAAGAAGCCUAACCCAGAAUUAAAGAUGAAUAAAAGAGUGGAGAUUCGAAGCGUUUGGCAACAAAAUUUAGAAUCCGAGUUUGCUCUCAUUGAGGCCGCAAUUGCUCACUACCCUUUCGUCUCCUUCGACACUGAAUUCCCAGGCACCAUACUUGAAUGCAAGGCUUGGGAUCCCCCUGCAUACCAAUACCAAAUCAUGAAGGGCAAUGUGGACGCCAUGAACAUCAUUCAGCUGGGCCUAACACUCUCAGACCACAGCGGGAACUUGCCUGAUUUGGGCACAGAUUGCUGCUGCAUAUGGGAAUUCAACUUCAGGGACUUCGACAUUGAGCGUGGCGACCAUCACAGCGCAGACGCAAUCGAGUUUCUUAAGCGGCAUGGAAUCGAUUUCUUGCAGAACAAGAAAAAGGGUAUUUACUCUUCCAACUUCGCGUGGCUGAUGGAAAGGAUGGUACUCCACAAUAGGUCCCGUUUAACAUGGGUGACUUUCCAUGGUUCGUAUGAUUUCGGGUACCUGAUGAAGAUUUUAACUCAGAAGGACUUGCCGACGGACAUUGGUGGUUUCAUGGGGGAGGUGGAGAAAAAGUUUGGGAAAAGAGUUUACGACAUCAAGCACUUGAUCAAGUGUCAAGGGCUUUAUGGAGGUUUAGAGAAAGUGGCUCGUUUGCUUCAGGUUGGUCGUGUGGCUGGGAAGAGUCACCAGGCUGGUUCUGAUAGUCUAUUGACUUUGCAGACGUUUAUGAGGCUCAAGGAUGUGCAUUUCGGAAGUUUUUUAAAGAAUAAAGACAACUGUAGCCUAAGUUUAAAUCAGUUUCGAGGGGUUUUGCAUGGUUUAGAACUUGAGGCUCAUUGA